CGGCAGAGAUCUGCGAGCUCGACGGCGGAAACACACAGCAGCGACGUCAGCGAUCUUCCUCGCCCCGGUUCAAGACCCAGCGGCGAACUCGACAGCGACUGGGUUAGCGACGAUUCUCAGCGGCUUCCCCUGUGCUCCCUCUGCCCUCCGGCGACUGUGCACAGAUCCAAGAACUCUGGGUGACAACUAGCAAUUUGUGUUUGUGUUGAACAAACUAUGCUCCGAUACCACUUGUUGGGAAUUAAACACACAACACACACAGAUAUCUGCGAGAAUCAAGAGAGAAACGGAACACAAACGACACACAAGAAUUUAACGUGGUUCGGUUUCCCUAAUCCACGGCUACAACAGGAGGAUUUUCUUAUUUCACUUGUGGUGUCGAUUACAAGUACAAGUAUGCAAUAUAUAUAUGAAGAGUGCAUCUAGGGUUUCGUAAAAUGGGCCGGGCCAAAAGUCAAGCCCAAGCCUCCACAAACCCAACAAUAUCAAGGAUUGCGCUUCAAGAUCUUGUCAAAUAUUUCGACCUUCCAAUUACAGAAGCUUCAAGAAGCCUGAAGAUUGGACUGACUGUACUUAAGAAGAAGUGUAGGGAAUUCGGUAUCCCUCGGUGGCCCCACAGAAAGAUCAAAUCUCUCGAUAGACUCAUUGUAGAUCUCCGGGAAGAGACGCAACAACAAAAUGAUGGCGAGGAUACAAUGAUGGUGGUGUCAACAAAGAAGAGAAUGGUAGAGUUCGAAAGGGAAAGGAUAGAGAAGAAGCCAUAUAUGGAUAAUGGACAUACAAGAAGAAACCAAAAUAAAAGGGAAAUGAUACUCGACUUCCGCGAGAUCAAUCGGCAAAGAGGGAGAGAAGAAACCUUGACGCGGCUGAGAUAACCACGAAGGCAGAAAGGUUGGGGAAAUUAGGGUUUUGGGGAAUAAAAGUUGGUUAUUAUU